CCUAUCUAUCCACACUCUCCCCUCUCCCCACUCUCCUCAAUUGGAAGGGAGGUACCAAAAUAAAAAGGGAGGGCAGAGACGCGCACGCUCCCCGACCAAAGAAGACACGCCCCCGCCCAGCGCUGGCGCUAAACACCCGCCAUUUCUGCAACCAGGUAUCGCGCCGGAAGGACUUUUGACCUGGGCUGGAUGGAUCAGUACGAGAAAGUGGAGAAGAUCGGUGAAGGAACAUAUGGUGUGGUGUAUAAGGCCAUUGAUCGGCUCACCAAUGAGACUAUAGCUUUGAAGAAGAUACGCUUGGAGCAGGAAGACGAAGGAGUACCGAGCACCGCGAUCCGAGAAAUCUCUCUCCUGAAGGAAAUGCAGCAUGGGAAUAUAGUCAGGUUGCAGGAUGUAGUGCAUAGUGAGAAUAGGCUGUAUCUAGUUUUUGAGUAUCUGGACUUGGAUUUGAAGAAGCACAUGGAUUCAUCUCCAGACUUUGCCAAGGAUCCUCGUCUGGUAAAAAUAUUUCUUUAUCAAAUACUGCGUGGAAUAGCAUAUUGUCACUCACAUAGGGUGCUCCACAGAGAUUUAAAGCCUCAGAAUCUGUUAAUUGAUCGGCGUACAAAUGCCUUAAAGCUUGCUGACUUUGGACUUGCAAGAGCUUUUGGUAUUCCUGUUAGGACUUUUACACAUGAGGUGGUGACUUUAUGGUACAGAGCACCAGAAAUACUUCUUGGUUCUCGUCACUAUUCUACCCCGGUUGAUGUCUGGUCAGUUGGUUGUAUAUUCGCUGAGAUGGUGAACCAACGUCCUUUAUUUCCUGGAGAUUCUGAAAUUGAUGAACUGUUCAAGAUAUUCAGGAUCUUGGGCACGCCAAAUGAGGACACAUGGCCGGGAGUAACUGCCUUGCCAGAUUUCAAGUCUGCCUUUCCUAAGUGGCCUGCGAAGAAUCUACAAGAUAUGGUUCCAGGUCUCAAUUCAGCUGGAAUCGAUCUUCUAUCUAAAAUGCUCUGCUUGGACCCCAGCAAAAGAAUUACAGCCAGGAGUGCUCUUGAGCAUGAAUACUUCAAGGACAUCGGAUUUGUACCCUGAUUAUCUUUUGCCAUUUGGUCAAGAUUGUUAUAUAUUGGCCUGUGUAGGUGAUUCUGCUCUUCUUUUAAGGUGUGAGUUGUGCGUGAUCCCUCAUAUUCACAUGUUGCAGUUUCUCUGAAGCCUUGGACAAAUCAAGUAGAACUUCUCUCGGCAGCAUCAGAUUUUCUAAUCCAUGCCUUGUUGCUUGCUGAUCCCAUUUAUUUGAAGUAUACAUUAGUGGUUUUCCUUUUCAUUUACUAAUUUGGAUUUUCCA